GUAGUCAUUUGUCGUCGCCGUCGCGAGGAAGGGUUUUUGAAAAGGGAGAGGAAAACCCACGCGGCGCUACUCCGAUCGCCGAGUCGAUGUGAUGUGGAGGUUGGCGUUGCGGAAGUCGAGGAGUGGAGUCCGCCGGCUCUGCUCCUCCUCGUCCGCGGCCGUCCGCGGCCUUCCUACCGACGAGGGAGACUGGGCCUACGCCGACGAGUGGUGGGGCGACGGCGGCCACACUGUCUUCCGAUCGGCUUCCGAACAUGGGAACGGCGUCGUCUCAGUUGUUUCCCACCCUUCUUCCCGGCCGGCUCGAGAGCAAUGGCCUGCUAUAGAAAGAUCGAUGCAAAGGUAUCAAGAACUCCUUCCAAAUUUUGAAAAUGCUGGAAAGCUAUGGAUACUUGGCUACCAGUGGCGUGUACUUCAUUUUAAUGACCACACUCGCCAAAGCACAGCCAAAGUUAUGGCUGCUUACAGAGAAUCAGACCCUCACUCACUACUUUUGAUGCAGCAGCCACAUUGUUUGGCAGUACCCUAUCUUAAAAGUGUAGUGUCAGCUGGGUUGACUACACUGGCUUCUUCUGGUUAUGAUAUUUAUGGAGCAGUUACUGGCAGUAAAAGCACGAGGGUAUUAUGUAUUGGACAUGGCGGUGGAAGCCUACCUUUGUUUUUGGCAAGUAAAAUUAAAGGUGCCAAAAUUGACAUUGUGGAGAUAGAUCCAGUUGUCAUCACAGCUUCAGUACAAGCAAUGGGCUUCCCUGCCUCUUCCUUGAGAGAAAGAUCAACCUUUGAUAGGUCUGCCAAUGCAGAUGAAUUGCUAUGGGGAAGCUUGCAUCACCGGCUCUUUCUUCACACAUCAGAUGCCGAGGACUUUGUGCGGGAAAGUUCCGAUAUAUAUGAUUUAGUAUUCAUCGAUGCAUAUGAUGGUGAUGACAUCUUUCCAUGGAAACUCUGGGAUCCACAAGGGGCAUUCCUGGAAUCUCUCCGAAGCAGAGUUAAUCCUGCCCAUGGCACUGUUGUUGUCAAUCUACAUUCUGAUUCUGAAGUGUUGGGUCUGGAGACGAACGAUCACUCGAUAUCCCAAAGCAUUUUGCCAAUGGGUGGAUACGUAUCACAAGUCUGCAAGGCUUACAAGGAGCAUUUUGGGAUGGCAUAUUUAGUAUCAGUUCCUUGGCUAUGUAACAUGACUCUUGUAUCAUUCAGCGGAGCCCGUUUGUGUGCCGAUUUGUGUGUCGACCGCCAAGACAUAGAUAAGAAUAGGGUUUUAGAUGCCCUUGUCUCCAAAUGUCACUUGGUUGAAGAUCUGUUUGACUUGCCAUUUCCUUGUUUACCAUAUAUCAAAAGAGGACUUGUGUUAGUUGACUAAAAAGUGGACUAAAAGUUUCACUGAAUUUGCUCAUUUUCACUACCCUGGCUGUCGAGGGCAAAAUAAUAAGAGUAUUGACAAUUUGGAGAUCACUUCA